AUGCAUUGCCGACCGCCCGCGUUUGCCGAUGGGCCGAAAAAGUGCAACUGCGAUCCUUUCCCAACCAUCCUGGGGGGAAAAGAAGAGAAAGGUGGACGACUUGAAUCUACCGCAGAAAACCAAACAGCUCUUGGAAAGAUCCGAUUUGAUUUGAAUGCCAGCCAUGGGGCUCCACACUCUGAAGGCAUCAAGAUCCCGUGUGUUCAGGCUACACAUCCUCAAUCCGGGCGAACACUCAAGAAGAUAAAGAAGACAGCCCGGAGAGCUCGAAAAGAAAGAGAACAUAUCGAUCGUGUAUCGCAUGCCGAACUUCGAAAACAAAAUGCUCGGGCGAACGUCCGAUAUGUCAAAGGUGUCAGAGAAAAGCGAGUUGAGGCGAUAGGAAACAAUCCUCAGAGUGGCUUGCCAACCCCGACAGCUCUGUCUAAUGAAUCCCCCAUCGACCCUGAUUCUAUUCAGCCAAAGGAAACUUGUCCCGCUUCACAAUCUCCGCAUAUCUCAUCGGAGCCGUUGAGACCUUCAUUGGAAUGGUACAAAACCCACAGCUACAAAUUCAAAGCCACACAGCAUUUUCUUACAAAUUUCAGGUUGAAUUCGUAUCACCUGCCAAACUAUUGGGAGAUUGGACAGCUGGUUGAGGAGUAUUUCAACAACAUACAUCCUUUGCGCUGCUUUGCAUUCAUCCACAGACCCUCUUUCCUGCAGCGAUUGGAUAAAGAAGAAUCCAAGAGCAGCCAGAAUUAUGCCCUGCUCUAUAUAAUAUGUGCACUGGGUGCCCAAUAUUACGCGCUGGCCUAUAGCGAGAAUGUAUCCCCCCUUUCGCCAAAAUUCAUACUUCAUGUAGGCGGCCAGUGGGCAAAGCAAGCACAACGACUGAUUCUUGAGACUCUGGAGAUUGUCACAAUUGAUAACUUGAUGGCAGCGGUUCUUCUCCAUGACUAUGAUAUUCGAAUGGGAAACUUCUCGAAUGCUUUCAUGCUUAGUGGUCUUAUAACACGCAUGACACAGGCUCUGCAAAUUAACCUCGAGUACAACACAGAUCUUCUUUGUACUAAUCAUGACUCUGGGCUUACCGCAACCGAAAAAGAAUCUCGCCGGCGCCUAAUGUGGAGUUGUUAUGUGAUGGAUUCCCUUGUCGGCAGCGGUGUGGAUCAGUUGACCUUGGUUGAUGAGAAGGAUAUGAAAAUCCAAUUACCAUGCAACGAAAGAAAUUUUGUCCAGCAAAUUCCCUGCUUGACAGAAACACUGGAAGCUGGGAAUUGGUUGAAGUUCAUUGGUGAUAAUGUGGAUAUCAGGACACUUCUCCCAAAUAUGGGCAUGAUGGCGUAUUUCGUUCGCCAUAUUUCAGUUCGGAAGAAAGUCUUAAGGUAUAUCAAGCAUUUAGACAAUGCAAUGGUACCUUGGGAUCCAGACUCCGAAUUUGCGUCGCUGGAUGAGGAGUGUCGUGCGUGGUAUGAAUCCUUACCUCCAAGCCUCCAAUUCACGCCAAAUGCCAUCUAUAUUCGCAAGGACUCCUCACAACUGGGUGCACUGUGUGUACUACACUGCGCACAUUAUCAGACAAUUUGUGAUUUGUAUCGACUAGGUGCACCUGCACUCUAUAAACUCCGUGCUGCCUUUGAUUUUCCUAUUGAUCAGCAAGAGUUCCUCAGGCACUUACAACAAGUUCUUUUUGAUGCCGCAAGGUCUUUGGCUACGAUAAUAGGCGAGACUGCCCGCCAUGGGUGCCGCAUGCUAGCGGAUUCAUGGCUCCCAACAAUCACUUACGACAGCUGUCGCAUCAUGGUUUACCACCUGACACAAAUCCUCGACUCGCGAGAUGAAAACACCAAGUUCCUGAUGACGGAGACACUGCCCCUAAUACGUAGCAACGUCCAAUCUUUACGAGCAAUGGGAUCUAUCAACGCAAUUGCGAUAUCACUAUGCUCUGCCGCAGAAACAAUGCUUGAGAGAUCCGGAAUUGGCUCAGAGGUCAUAUCCCAAAAUAUCAUUCCCGAUGAUCCAUAUCAAUCUUUCGGAGAUAGCGAGGAGACAAGUGAAAGUUUACCUGGAACGCCAGUACAAAGUGCUCCAGAUUACGUUCUCAAUCCGUUGUCAAUUUUCCGGAUGGCACGUAAGUCAAUACCGGAAAGACAUGCCCCGGAGAAGGCUAGGACUUCAUCUGCCCCGAAUAGUGCGUGUCCAGACUCUGUUGCAGAUUUGGACCAAAAUGUCUCCGAUAAAGUAGGCCAUGGAAUAAGCUACCUGGAGGAGGACAAUGGUACAAGCCAGGGAAACCUCGAGGAACUUCAAACAUUGUUCAUGUCUGACCUGGGGUGGGCUUGGCAACCAGCUGAUACGGCUGUGGGCUCAGGCAUCGAUGCAGCUGGGUUAUUACCAUGGGCAGGGGGUUUUUCUACUACACAGGCAGAGCCAUGGCUACCAGUCUUCCCAUUUCCUCAGCAACACUGA